AUGGCCUUGUUAUUAGUCUAUGUUGAUGAUUUGCUAAUCACAGAUGAUAGUAGUGAAUUGAUUGUUGAAUUGAAGCAAAUGUUGAAUAGCCAUUUUAAGAUGAAGGAUUUGGGGGAGUUAAAAUAUUUCUUAGGAAUUGAGGUAUUGAGGUCAAAAGAAGGCAUACUUUUGAAUCAAAGGAAGUAUGCACUACAGUUAAUCAAAUAUACUGGUUUGGAGGAACCAAAGCCUACUAUUACUCCUCUGGAGCAGAAUCUGAAGUUGACUACUUUGGACUAUGAUAAGAUUGUGCAGCAGAAUAAUGAAGAUGAACACAAUCUAGUUGAAAAGUUAGUUUAUCAAAGACUUAUUGGGAGGCUAAUUUACUUGACAUAUACAAGACCUGAUAUUACAUAUGCAGUGAAUCUUCUUAGUCAAUUCAUGCAGCAACCUAAGACGUCUCAUAUGGAGGCAGCUUUAAGAGUAGUUAAAUAUGUCAAGAAUGAACCAGGACAGGGAAUCUUGUUAAAAUCCUCUUUGAUUUGUCAACUUUUAGCCUAUUGUGAUUCAGAUUGGGGAUCAUGUCCAAUGACAAGAAAAUUUGUGACAGGUUUUUGCAUUAAGAUUGGUGAUUCAUUGGUUUCGUGGAAAUCAAAGAAACAAAAUGUUGUAGCAAGGUCUUCGGCAGAAGCAGAAUAUAGAGCUAUGGCAGUGGUCACUUCUAAGCUGGUGUGGUUGCAAUGUUUGCUUGCAGAGCUUAGCAUAAAGGGUCUGAAGCCUGUAAAACUUCACUGUGACAACAAAGAUGCACUUCAAAUAGCAGCUAAUCCAGUGAAUCAUGAAAGGACAAAGCACAUUGAAAUUGAUUGCCAUUUUGUGAGAGAAAAGAUACAAGAAGGGAUGAUUCAAACAGAACAUGUUUCAACACAUGAGCAGCUUGCAGAUAUCAUGACCAAGGCCUUGGGAAGUCAGUUGCAUGGUUAUCUGCUAUCCAAGUUAGGAGUUGAAAAUGUUUUUCAACAUCCAACUUGA